AUGGCCGCAGCCACUGCGCAUGAACCCUCUGCUUCAGCCACCUCACCAGAGGAAGAGGAGGAGCUUCAAUUUGGCCAGGCUUGGAAAGGCGCGGCCAAACCUCCUCAGAGACCGGGACUUGUUGAUCAGCCCAAUGGUGGAAGGCGAAAGUCGUCGGUCCAAUUCCAUACUGCGCACGCAGAAGACACCAUCCGAAGAGAAAGCGUCGUCCAAGGCUCACGAGUCUCCUUGUCUUCGCGGAAAAUGUCAUCGCCCCCUCCUCCCACGCAUUACCAACGCGGCGUCUCCUUUGACACAAUCGACAAUCGAGAUGCGUCCACUGAAGCUUUCACCUUGCAAUACAAGCACUGCGACUUCGCUGCCACUUCACGAAGCCGAACUUUUCUGUGCGGUACAGAUGCGAAGGACUACUCUGAGUAUGCGCUGGAGUGGAUGAUGGACGAGUUGGUCGAUGACGGCGAUGAGAUUGUCUGUCUUCGAGUUAUCGAGAAAGAUUCCAAGACUGCACAUGACACCCCAUAUGACCGGGAAAAAUAUCGCACCGAGGCCAAACAACUUUUGGACAGUGUGAUGCUGAAAAACAGCUCGGAGGAGAAGGCAAUUAGCAUAAUAAUGGAAUUGGCUGUGGGCAAAGUGCAAGAAAUCUUCCAGCGCAUGAUUCAGUUGUACGAACCUGCAGCGCUAGUUGUGGGAACAAGAGGACGAAACCUAGGCGGUAUGCAGGGUUUGCUCCCGGGAUCGGUCUCGAAAUAUUGCUUGCAACAAUCACCUGUGCCAGUGAUCGUCGUGCGGCCGAGCUCCAAACGAAUGAAAAAGAAGAAGAAACGACAAAUGGAAAGCGGUCGCAGCCUCUACAGCAGCAUGCUCGAGCAAGCCCAACACGCUGGAGGGAGCCAUGUGUAUGAAAGUGCCAGCCACAGUUCGAUAUCAAUGGAAGCUACACCAAAAGAGGUCGAUGCCGUCACAAAGGCAAUCGGCGCUCCCAGGCGCGGGAUAUUGAAAGGCACAUAUGGGGGCCCGCUUGCUCGAGUAACGUCGGCCAAAAGUGAUGUGACGUCUGACGAUGAUUCGCCUGAGCGGAGCUUCGCCUUGCCCAUAGGGUAUUUGAGCACCGCAACUGCUCCGAGGGCCGACCUUGCCAUGAACAGUCCAAGCAUUGCUGCCUUGGUGGAAGACUGGGAUGACAACGAGACAACGCCGACCGAACGGGCAAGGUCGCCCAACCCCCCUUCGAAGCGAUCUGAGCACCGCGAGAGCGACGCUGCCAUUUCUGACGAAGAAGACAUACGCCUUCUCGUGCCCAGGAUCGUUGAAGAGCGACGACCGUCUGUCAGGGAGACGACGCCUUGGUUGGCAGACAUCCUGCGCGAGAAACCACAACGGCGGUCAUACAGCCGAGGCAGCCACGGUCGAUCACCCUCCAGAUAA